CAGCCUCCACAUAGACAGAAAAACCACGCUGAGACCGAGGGAAGGAAACGUAUACGCUGACGAACCUCAACCUGCACCCGAGGGACCCCUACAAGCACCCACAACCUCACCCCAACACAGCAGACGGUGGGACCAUGAAGACUGUGGUGGCUCUGCUGCUGCUCUGUCUGUGUGAUCCUGGACAGAGUGACUGCCAGGCGGACUGCGUGUCCUGCAGCAACAUGCUGCCUAAACAGCUCAGUUUCAACACCGUGGUGUGUCUCACUGAGUGCGAAGCCGACAUCUCCCCGGCCUUCUCCUGGGACUUCUGUCAUAAAGUGAUGUCAUCUCCAAUUUCGUCCCUUACUGGUACCAUGCGGAAAAGAUCUCAGGAGGAGGUGGAGGCCUUGUUUCCUGAGGACGAGCCGGUGGAGGGAGGUCUGUUGCUGCCCUUUGCACUGCAGGGGUACGAUCACAUGACCCAGGCCCUCAGGGUGGACGAGAGGGAUCUGGGCGGCAGGGGCGGCCAGCCGAACACUGCCUACAAUGCCCAGAACGCCCUGUCUCCUGAGGAUGAGUAUGAGGAGGAGGCGGGGCAGGAAGACGGGGCGGCUGACACGGCAGCAAGAGGACAGGGCGAUGCAGGGCUGAGCGUUUUCAAGAGGUUCGGCGGCUUCGUAAAAGGGAGGCACGGCUACAGGAAGCUGAUGUCUCCGGGGAGAUCGUACCAGAAGAGGUACGGCGGCUUCAUCGGCAUUCGGAAGUCCGCCCGCAAGUGGAACAACCAAAAACGUUUCAGCGAGUUGCUGAAGCAGUAUCUGGGGAUGAGCACCAAGGCCACUGAGUUCAACAGCAUGUCAGAGGACCUCACCCAACAGAAUGAAGUUUAACACACCUUUACGGCACUGACAUGAAACAAUUUGCUGAUGUAUUUCACCAUCAUGUCAAACUUUAACUGGCGUCACCAAAGUUGACCUAUUCAAGUACAUUACCAAAAAGUGAAAACUAAGCCCGUAAUCUAAGACUCCCAUUGCAAGCCUCUUUGUCUCGAGACAUAAGAAUUGCCGCUUCUGUUUUCCAUCCCUUUUAAUUAUGAUUCAAACAAAUGAUCAGACCUUGUUUCAUACAUUCUCAAGUGGCUGAACGCUCCAGUAGUACAAACAGCUCCUUCUGAGCAGUGACACUCCUGUCCAGCUCUUGGCCCCCUGAUUCAUUCGGGCCUCCCAUUUAGUGCCCCUUGUGGGAUGUACCAUGGUUGAUCUGAGUACCUGCCCAAGCCUUGAUCCUCAGAAACUUUGAAGGUAGCUCUCACUUUGGGAGUUCUUGGUAGUCCUGCAGUGAUAUGCAGUAAAAUAUAGGCUUUAAUUUACUGUUUAAUGUGAGCUGCUAGGUUAACGUUGGCAUAAUUAUUGCUUUUCCGAUUCCCAUUACAUAGUUUACUUUCCCAAUGAAUUACUGUGCUGGCUCAUGUGUUAAAAGUGCUUAAUCUUCUUACAGCAAGGUCUCUAGCUUUGG